UCUCAGAAAGAAAAGACCGGACACUGAAUCGAUUUCAUGGAGACGAAGAACCUUUCACUAAAACCGUAAAAUUAGGGUUUCUUUAGCAGCUUAAAGCUCGCGGUUUCAGUGACUCUGAUAAUGUGUGCUGCAUUGUGCGAGAAGUUCCGAGCUUGAUCCGAGCUCAAACUAGGGAUUUCAAUGGAUCUGGAAAUACAAAGAUUCGGAGCCACGGAGCUCUUGAUCAACUCGCUUCCCAAAUGCACCUAUUUCUCUUACAAUCGCGAUGAAAAGCUCGCUUCGCAUGCGGAGGACGAUCUCCGAAACGAGACGAGUGAACACUUCGACUUCGUUGAAGCUGAAUCGCUCUUGAUCAAAUCGGUUUUACGAGACAACAAGGAUCAACUCGUAACUCACACGAUACGACUCGCCGAGGCCUCCACGGUGCCCCCAGACCGAAGCACAGUCUCGAAGCUUCUCCACCUCUGCUGUAACUUCGACUCGCCGGACUGCGCCUCAGCAUUGCUCGGCGGGGAGCUUGGAACGACGCCGUUGGUGAACGAGUUCGAUGACUCGGGAAAAUCGGCGCUUCACACAGCGGCUCUGGCUCACGCGGCCAAGUGCGUCGAGGUCUUGCUCAAGAAACACGCUCGCACGGGCCUGAGGACCAGAGACGGACGAGCACAGCUAGCUCUGGACCUGUCUCUGUCUAGCGCAAGGAUGGAUGUGAUUUGGACUCCAGAUGAAUACACCCUUGAGGAUUUGGUCGUCGUUCUCGGCGAAAAGGAUUUGACCACCGUGAGACUUCUCAGUGAAAAAACCAAGGAAAUCGGUCAGGUGGCCUAUGCAAACGCCGUUGAAGGGCGUAUAGUUGCUUUAGCGGCUCUGCUUAUUGUAGCCGCAGAGAAGAUUAGCGAAACGGUAUUGGAGUUGCGUGAUAACGAUUCGGCUUCUAAAGAGAAGGUGACCUUAUACGAAUGUGUUGUACGGGAAGCUUUGUCCCUGGUCCGUCCAACGACGCGGUUGGCGGCGGCGAAACGCACCUCGACGGCCACCGAGAACGACAACUCCGAGAAAAGGAGGCUUUUGCUUCUCGAGAUAGAGUUGCUUCAGCUCUUCGGAGCUGUUGCUGAAAGCGGUUGUACGGACAAGAAGGUGACGUCACCACUCAUCCGCGCGGCCCAGGUAGGAGAUGAAGCCGUCAUGCAGCUGCUUCUGCAGACAGAUAUAGAUGUAAAUGAUGCUGAUGCAGAAGGAAAUUCUGCUCUUCAUUGGACCCUUAAAUUGUCGAGAUCGUUAUGUCCACAGCAGAUAAAAAUUUUAUGGCUUCUCAUUAAGCAUGGUGCACGAGUAAGCCAAAGGAAUAAAUUAGGAUUAACUGCCUUACAUAUUGCUGCUGGUAAUGGUAAUUCAGAGGCACUUCAGGUCCUUCUAUUGGAAGCCCCAGAUGGUACCCAGUAUAAGACAGAAAUUAAAGAAACCCCGCUGUUCUUUGCUGUUAGGAAUGAUAGUAUGGAAUGUGCUGAGCUUCUUUUGAGCUGGGGAGCAAGUAGUGAAAUUCUCAAUCUGCGUAGACAAAGACCUAUUGACCUGACAACCUCGCAAGAUAUGCGUUUCAUCUUGCUGAACCCAACCAGUGUUAACCUCAGCAACAAUGCUUUCCCCAGUCAACAUAAAUGUAUUGCUUGUUCACAAGGUGAUGAGGCUUUUUCAAGCACCUGCGAAGCACUUCUAACCAUGACAGAUGAAGACACCACUUCUGAAAGAAAAAUUCACUCCAGCACCAAGGUAGAGAUUUGCAAAUACUUCGUCUCUCCUCGUGGAUGUGUGAGAGGAGCUAAGUGCUUUUAUGCACAUGGUAUGGAGGAGCAUCAGAAAGUGAAGCAGGAAGCAGUCUGCAAUCAUUCUCACGAUGCUAAAGAACUCAAGCGCAUCUUUGUAGGAGGACUUCCUCCUUCAGUGGGAUCUGAUUCCUUGGGUAAGUUCUUUGAAGAACAAUUUGGGCCAGUGGAUGAUGCCAUAGUCAUUUUCUCUCAAAUAGAAAACAAGAUACAAUCUCGAGGCUUUGGAUUUGUCACAUUUAAAAAGGAGAAAUCUGUUUCUGCAGCUGUUCAAGCACACUAUGUCUCCAUGCUAAACAAACCAGUCGAAAUAAAAAGUGUGGUACCAAGAUUGGCAGCUGAGUCGGAGAAAUUGUCACCUCGACAGCAAGGACAAGAGAAGAAUUGCCGACCUCAACUUCCACCACAGAUGUCGUCCGAUGAGAUGAUUAUGGAAGCAAACAAACCUGAACAAGGUUCUUGGCUUGAUAAGUUACUCCAUGGCCAACCAAAGACAAGUCCCAUAAAACCUCGAGCACGUAAAAUCUCAAGCCCAGAAGAUAAAAGCAUGCCUAUUUGGCUAAAGGCUUUUAAGAAGUGGUUUCCUGGGUUCUUACAAGAUCUGUCAAAGCAUCCAAGGAAUGGAAAAUAUGCUCUAUCUUCUCUGAAAGGUGAUUUCAGGGCUAAAUUUGGCUUAGAACUGGAUCAUGCACCUCUUGGAUUCUCCAAGCUGAGUGACUUCAUCAAAUCUUUCUCCAACUUAUGUACCGUUAAGGUUGACCCUGUAGGAAAAAAUGGAUUUCUCAAUCACAUGAUCCUCCAACCAAAAUUCAGGCAUCAUCACCAACUCUGUCAAUGUCAUACACUCAGAAUGUCUAGCAAUUCCUCUGUUUCUACAGCGAGCGAUGAUGGUGGUAAUUCAAAGUGUCUUCAGGACAUUUCGACUGAUGAUGGUGGUGAUUCAAAGUGUCUUCAGGACAUUUCAACUGAUGAUGUUGGUGAUUCAGAGUGUCUUCAGGACAUUUCGACUGAUGAUGUUGGUGAUCCAGAGUGUCUUCAGGACAUUUCGACUGAUAAUGUUGGUGAUUCAGAGUGUCUUCAGGACAUUUCGACUGAUGAUGUUGGUGAUUCAGAGUGUCUUCAGGACCUUUCAGUUGAUGAUGGUGGUGAUUCAAAGUGUCUUCGGGACCUUCCAAUUGAUGAUGGUGCUGGAAACUUGGGAUUAAAGGAAACCAGUAGCUAUAGGGAAGAGAAACCCUCCCAUGGGCAUCAUCCUGAAGUGAAUUCAGCUAAGGAUGCAUCACAUUGCAUCCACCCAAGGGUCCUGCAAUUCUUGAAGCCAGAUCCUCUGUUCCACGGUAAAAAAGAACUUGAUGUGAGCAGUGAAAGAGGACAAUGCAUAGGAGAGCUUAGAGGAAGCACUAAUAAUCGGAGAGACCCACAACAGCAUCUGGUUUUGGAGACCCUUGCCAGAAAAAGGAACAAAUCAUUUAGUUACUUCCUUCGUGACUUUGAUUUUUACAAGUAUUAUGAUGCACCGAGCACGCAGGAUUAUAAGGAAUGCAUUUUGGAGGGAAAGUGUUUUGGAUGCAACCAGAAGCAGAUGUUAUGGGCCAAUUUUCCAUGCCAACACUUGCUGUGGUGCAGCUCCUGUAAAGUACAGGCCAUACUGGCUGCUGGUGAUUUUGAACACAAAUGCGUGGUGUGUGAUUUGCAAGUCCACAAAAUCAUCACACUUCCGCGCCAUGAUGACUUCCCACCUAUUGUUGAUCCUGCAGCUUAUUUACCAACUCCAUUGAUGAAGAAGACAUCUCCAUUAAGUGGUAACAGAUGAAGUCAAUGCAGUCAAGGUUUUCAUGCAGAGAGGAGAAAAGCUGCAAGUGAACCAUAGAUGAUAGUUAAAGAUGCAUAGUAUAUGUGGGUGUGGGCAAACUGUAUAUAUGCACCCCAGAAAAGGUCAAAAAGAAAAGAAAAGGCGGGUUGGGCCACGGGGUCUCCCUCCCUCUAUACUAAAACUACUUUUGAACUCCGGUUAGAAUCCUAUAGACUAUAAAACUACUUUUGAACUCCAAGUGCUCUUUUGCUGAUGUCUCUUUUUGUUGAUAUUUGGAGGACAGAAAUCUGAAUAUAGAAUGAAAAUAUCAAGUCCUCUCACAGACCUCUUUUUUUCUC